AAUUUUGGCUGGAUCCAUCUGCUAAAAGGCAUUCAGCCUUCGAUUAUAACGGAUUAUUGCAUUGUCACAACAAAUCAAAAUGGUCAAUAAACAAUAUUCUGCCACCGAUUUGGAGGCAUUUGUCAAAUUGGCUGCCGCCAAUUGGCAAAACACAAAUCACAGUCUAUUAGAAGGAGUUGAUAUUAAAGGAGAAAUGCAACAAUAUUUGAACAGUCCCACCAUGAACAUGUACAAAAAACGAGAACGUACCCAAAAUUGGAAUCAUCAGGAAAAGAAAUUCCUUUUGGAUUUGUGUCGCAAGGAUAUGCGCAUUAUUGAAAAUAAACGUUUAGAUGCGGGACUGACAGCGGUUAAGAACAAAGCAUGGAAAAUAAUACAUCAGAAAUUUUCAAAUCAAUUUGGCACAGAUCGUACGUGCAAUCGUUUAAAGGAACAAUGGCGUCGUAUGAAAGCCUGUACCCGUAAUGAAAUAUUGGAUUACAAUAAUCGUUUGGCCCGUUUCGGCCCAGAGGUAGCUGAUCGCAAAAAGCCCUCACCCUUUACCUUUGAGGUAUGGGAAUUCAUGCAAGAAGCCAAAAAGGCCUGCAAAUCGGAGGCCUUGGAUGGUAUUGAUUAUUCGAAAAUACCCUUGGCCUUGGAGGAGGAUUUUGAAUAUCGUGAGGAUGCUGAACAAAAUAAUGAUGAUCAUGAUAUGGAUGACAGUCGUACCCCACCACAGGAUUUGUGUGACAUCGAUAUUAAAGAUGAAACAUUGAAUGAAAGCUAUUCCCACAUGAUGUCGAAUGGGGAACGUUUAAGUGCCACCUCACCCCAACAACAGCAGCAGCAACAACAACAUCAUAGCUCCCACGAUUUGGAUCAAUCAUCGGGUAGACACAGCCCCACAAAUUUAUCCACAAAUGGUGGUGGUAGUGAUCAUCAUGGCGGUGUAGCCGGACCAGCCGCAUUUAUGGCCCAGGGUGGCAGUGAUUUGUCCGGUUUCCAACCUGGUUUCAACAUGAACAACAUCUCAGCCACCUUGGAAGCCUUGAAUGCCCUGCGUACUGGACAAUUCCCCUCAGCAGCAGCUGCGGCCGCCGCCGCCUUACAAAACAACUUUGCUGCCGCCGCCCAUCAACAACACCAACAAGCUCAGCAGCAGGCCCAGCAACAGGCCCAACAACAGGCCGCCCAAAAUCAACAAGAUCGUGAUCUAGACAAUCAGUCACCACCAGCAAAGAGACCCUGUACCUCGGGUAUUGGUAGUUCUGGUGGAAAUGGUGGUGGUGGUUCCAGCGGUUCGGUGGCCGGUGAUUUGGACUUGAGUGAUACCCAACAAAACACCAGCGGUAGCUGCUUAAAUCUGGCCACCACCUCAUCAUUGAAUUCUUCCUCCAAACCCUUGGCUGGUGAAAGUUCCCCCGAGUUGCGGGCCUUUAUGGAUAUGCAAUGCAAAGAACACAUGAUGCGCAUGCGCAUACUCGAAGUGCAAUUACAAGCAGCCAAAUACAGUCGUGAUUUGGUCGAGAUCAACAAGACACUGGCCCUGCAAAAGCUCCAAGAAUACGCCAGUAAACGUUUGAGCACAUAACUCUGUCUAACAAGAACGGUAACUUGUUUUCGCUUCCAGAGAUUCCUGUGCUCUUCUCAUUGUUAAA